UUGCUCUUUCCUCAGUUGGCAACAGUUAGUCUAAAAUCAGAAAGCACGAGCUGCGAGUGACCGAGCGAAAAAACCGGUACCUUCCAACUCCCAGUGCAAAUAAUCGCAAAAUUUGUGUUAUUCCCACUCGAAGAGAGCCCCACACAGUGUUUUUGUGUUUAAUUAUCGCCAUUUGAACAUCCGGCGUCAAAAUAAACUCGCAUUAUGGCGGCAAUGUCAGUCAUAGGAAUUGACCUGGGGAACGAGUCUUGCUAUGUCGCCGUCGCCAAAGCCGGUGGCAUCGAGACCAUCGCCAACGAUUACAGUUUACGAGCGACUCCAUCAUUCAUCGCCUUUUCGGACAAAAACCGAAUCUUGGGGGUCGCCGCCAAAAACCAACAAAUCACCAACAUGAAAAACACGGUUUAUGGACUCAAAAGGCUCAUUGGGCGGAAGUAUAGGGACCCCCACGUGCAGCGGGAGCUACAAAUGUUGCCUUUUAACGUUAUAGAAGUAGCACAAGGAAAUAUCGGUAUUAAGGUUAACUAUUUAAAUGAGGAACACAUAUUCUCGCCGGAACAGUGUCUAGCUAUGUUACUAACCAAAUUAAAGGAUAUUUCGUCGACUGCUCUACAAACCCCUAUUAACGACUGUGUUAUCUCAGUUCCCUCAUACUUUACAAAUAAUGAGAGAAAAGCACUCAUGGAUUCUGCGGCUAUUGCUGGUUUGAAUGUACUCAGAUUAUUCAACGAGACGACCGCUACGGCCUUGUCUUACGGCAUUUACAAGCAGGACUUGCCGGGGCCCGAUGACAAGUCUCGUAAUGUUGUUUUCGUUGAUUGCGGUCAUUCCUCUCUUCAAGUUUUCGCUUGCGCGUUCAAUAAAGACAAACUUCGCAUGAUUGCGACCGCUUCUGAUCCAUACCUCGGCGGUAGAGACUUCGACCUUGCUUUGGCCGACCAUUUCUGCAAAGAAUUCCAAACGAAAUAUCACAUCGACGCUAAAUCUAACGCUCGCGCCUUCAGUCGCCUUCUCGGCGAAGUGGAAAAAGUCAAAAAGCAGAUGUCGGCCAACUCCACGUCAUUACCCCUCAAUAUCGAGUGUUUCAUGGACGAUAAGGACGUACACAGCAGCAUAAAGCGAACCGAUAUGGAGCAGUUGUGUGCUCCUUUGUUUCAGAGAGUCGAAACGACCUUAAAACAAUGCCUGGACGCGUCAGGCUUAAAAUUAGACGAAAUUUACUCAGUCGAGAUAGUCGGCGGGUCGAGCAGGAUUCCUGCUAUCAAACAAUUGAUAGAGAAGGUUUUUAAAAAAGUGCCAAGCACUACUCUGAAUCAGGACGAGGCUGUAAGCAGGGGUUGCGCUCUACAGUGCGCUAUGCUUUCACCGGCGGUCCGGGUUAGGGAAUUUGGCGUUAAAGACGUACAGAAUUAUGCAGUUUCGGUGUCAUGGGAUGCCAGCACUGAUGGGGAAGCCGCAGGGGAGGUUGAGGCCUUCCCGGUCAACCACCAGGUCCCCUAUUCCAAAAUGUUGACGUUCUACAGACAAGAACCCUUCUCCAUCAAAGCGAUGUAUUCGGGAAAUGUCCCCUACCCUGAUAAAAACAUUGGCACUUGGAUCGUGAAAGACAUUCGUCCGAACGCUGAGGGCAAGCCGCAGAAGGUCAAGGUCAAAGUCAGGAUCAACCUGCACGGCAUCAUGACAGUGUCCAGUGCGUCGUUGUUUGAAGCGAAGGAGUCAAGCGAGGCUGAAAAUGAGGAAACGCAAAAGGUGCAGCAACAAGAGGAGCAGGAAAAACCGACGAAUCAGAAUUCCACUGAUCAGCAGAACGACGUUGAUGCUCCGAUGGCUGAUGGCGUGAACAAUGCGGCUCCUGAGGUAGGCUCCAGCACCAGCUGGACGAAGAAAAUUUCUGCCUGGUUCAGCGGGGACGGCGAUAAAGACAAAAAGAAGAAGCAAGUGUUGAAGAGCAUCGAAUUACCGAUUGAAUCUCUGACCGCUGGCUUCUCCCAAGUCGAAAUCAAUCAAUACACCGAGCAAGAAUUCAAAAUGAUUGCUGCCGACCGCCAGGAGAAGGAACGAGCCGAUGCAAGAAACGCGUUUGAAGAAUACGUUUACGAAUUGCGCGGGAAGAUAUCAUCCGACGACGAACUUGGUGCUUUUAUUCUCGAAAAUGAUCGUUCGGCUCUAAUGCAACAAUUAGACGAUAUGGAAAAUUGGUUGUACGAAGAUGGCGCUGAGUGCAACCGACAGGUUUAUCAAGACAAAUUAGCUGAAUUAAAAUCAAAAGGAGAGCCAAUCCAGACUAGAAAAGUCGAAUUCGAGCUGCGACCACACGUUAUUGAAGAUUUCGCCAAAUCGCUCCAACUUACGAUGAAAGCUUUAGAGGCGAUUAAGGGUAACGACCCGAAAUUUGCGCAUUUGACUGAAGACGAGGUCAAGAAGGUGGAUAAUGCGUUCAAGAAUUCGUUCCAGUGGUUGGAGCAAACAAGAGCGAAGCUUGUCAACGCACCUAAGCACGUAGCCCCGCCUGUUACUGUCUCUCAGAUCCGACAAGAGAAGAAUGAUUUUGAAUGCACAGUCAGUCCUAUUUUGAAUAAGCCACCGCCAAAGGCACCCUCGCCCCCGAAAGAGGAAAAGAGCCCGACAGAUGAGAAGGCUCAAAAUGCGCAAACUGAGCAGAACCAACAGAAUCAGCAGAACCAGAACCAGCAGGAGAACAUGGACUGGUCGUCGGCAAAUUAGGUGUAAUUGAUAUUUAUAAUGCUUGGACACAAUUUUCAGAGCGAGGCACGUCGUAAUCGUUCCCUUAUACUGUAUUACUAGAAAAUUUUCUAUUUAUAUUUUACUUAAACCAUCGCAGUUUUUACUACAUUUUGUUGGAAGAAAUUGUCUCAAGUCAGUUUGCACCGAUGUGUUUUACUGCAUUUUAAAGGGAGUUUAAAUUGUAGUUCUGAUCGUAGCUUCAUUCCAUUUAAGUUAUUUAACAACUCACUUUUUUGUUGUAAUUUUUUAUUUGAAAAAAUUGUGUUUAAUAAAAUAUUUAGAAACAAUUUAAUAA